CUAAGUUGAUCAUGUAGAUCAAGUGAUAACAAAUGUGGGGCCCACCUAGAAAUUUGUUAAAGCAUCGAAGGUAAUGGACUCGUGGCCUAGGACAAAUCAUCAUGGCGGUAACUCUACCUAAGCAGGAUUGGCAGACCCAACCUCUAGGUUCAAGGAGAAAAUAAAGUUGUGAAUGAUGGUCCGAAAUUGUCAAAUUAUUCAAAGUCCAUUCUCAUGAUGAGACAAUGUCCAACUAUAAGGGUAAACCUAAAGAUGGAAGGUUUUUUAAUGGCUUCUAAGUUUGACACAGGAUGUGAUCAAAUAGUGUAUUUUUGGAAUACAUGUUUAGAAAUCACCUAUGUGAGUGUGAAGUGGAGCCGCUUCAAGGAGAAUAAAAGAAGACCAGUUCUCUAAGCACUCAUGAGACCAGGCGGUGUUCAUGGCUAAAACGAACACAACAAUGAGAACCAGUGAACGGAUAAGAGUUAGUUGUGUGACAUAUGUUGUCUUAGUAUACAAGCAAAACCGACGGUUCAAAGAUAUCACAUCUACCGAUUGGUGAGUAUACUCGAUAUAUGUUCACUAAGGAAGGUUCAAAGGGAAACCUACCUAUUCCGAUGCAACUAAUUCUUAGUCGAGAAUCACACGAUUUUUUGCAUAGUUUUAAAGUACAACAUACUCCAUUCAUGUGGGGGAUUGUUGGGAUUUUUAGUGGUGUGAAUGGAAAUAAAAAAAGGGGAAAGUUUCAAGAGAGUCUCUUGAAGUACCAUGUUGGUAAGCUGUGGGAAGUAGGGCUGGAGGUUCGGUUAUCGAUUGUCGGUUAACCGACCGGUUAAACCGAUAACCGACGGUUACCGGUUAAUCGAUAACCGAAAAUUAUAUGUUUCGGUCGGUGGUCGGAGCUCCUAAUAGGUAAUUCGGUUAACCGAGUAACCGAAAACCGGUUAUUUGGUUAACCGACAAUAACCGAAAAUAACCGACCGACCACCAUCACCAAAACGAUGUGAAAAUACCCGGUUAUGAAGUUUAUAAUUUUAUGUUGUUGAAUUUGAGACAUUAAUUUGGUGAUUUAGAUGUAGAAAUGUAAGUUAGAACCUUUUAUUUUAGGAAAUUCUAAUAAUUUUACCCGGUUAAAACCGAACCACCAUCAUUUUUUCGGUUAUCUUGGUUAACCGACCAACUAACCGAUAACCGAGGCAUUGGCGUCGGUCGGUGUUCGGUAUGGGGAAAUGGUGGUUCGGUUAACCGGUAACUGACCAAUCGAUUAUCGGUUAUAACCGAACCGAACCGAAUCCACCCCUAGUGGGAAGGGCACGGCCUCGAAUUCGAUCGAUUUGAUGUAAUAUGUGGUUAAUCAGUUAAAUUGGUUUGUGUACCAAACGGACCAAACCAAACCGAGUUGAAUCAAAUCGAACCGAACCGAUGUGGCGGUUGGAAUAACCAAACCGGUCCAACUACCAUGGGCCGAACCGAUGCAAUGGUUCAUUAUUUCAAACAUGAACCAAUGUGUUGGUUGGGGUGUAACCACCCAUAUGAAGAGUCGCCUCCCUUCGUAAGCACCCCUUCAUUUUUUAUAAAUAACACCAUACCCCCUCUAGUUUUAACUACGAGAUACAUAUAUUUUUUUCUGAUACGAAAAUUCUGCCAAAAUCCAAAACUAGUUUUCUGCAUUCUUUUCAAAGAGAAAAUAGAGUAAAGUGUGGUUCUCGCCGGUUCGCUGCGUUCGAUGGUUCCGGGUUUGAGGUACAGCUACUCCGGAAAAGGUACGUCCUUUCUAUCCUGGGAGGAAUCAUUCCAUAACCUUGGGUAGUUGAGGGGAAUGAGAUUCUUUAAGGAGAGAUAGUGAAUUCUAUCGGCUAGGACGCUUGCAUAUGUCUUUGCAUGUUUUCUUAAUCUUAUGUGUUUGCUUGUGUUGCAAGGAAAUAAUAUACGCGAACAAUUUCCACACCAGGGAUGACAAUUUCGGCCUGACCCGAUUUACCUGACCUGUUUGACCUGUUUCGGAGCGGGUCAUAGGCGGGCCGGGCGGACAUGAGUAUUCUCAUCGACUCGACCUGCCCUGACCCGCCCCAUCCUCAACCCAUUAUUGUCUAAAUUACAUGUAAUCUUAGUCAAAUUACUUAGAAUUUUCCUUUUAUUACGUAAUAGUUUAGCUAUUAUAAAGUUGUGAAUUAGUGAAAACCUCAAUUUCUCCAAUAACUUAACUACAUUUCAUCAUAUUAUGAUUUGUUUCUUAGGUCUUAUAACGAAAAUAACAAAUAUUUCUAAUGCUUUCCAUAUAAAUUACAUAACUAUUGGGUUGACCUGCCCCCACCCGUGCCCUGUAAUAAAUUACUCGACCUAUCACGGGACAGGUAUGGGUAUCGAGAUACCCGCCUCGGACCUGCCUCAUUGUCAUUUCUAAUCGCAACCACCAACAAUCGAAAACCUCCUAUUCGCAGGCUUCGAGUCGCCGACCGCCGACCGUCAUCAUCGCCACCCUCACAUAUCCACCAGCUCUUCCUCUUCAUCUCGUCGGCCGCCACCAUCGCAUCUCCAGCAACCCUUCUUCUUCCGUUUCAUACUCCAGCUCUUCCUCUGUACGUACCAUACCAUGCUCAAUUUGUACUUCACCAAAAAGUUGUUGUCUUUAAGCAGUUUUUCAGUAGAUUUUUUGUUCAAUUCGGCAAAUCUUGUACUCUACAUGCUCAUUGAGUGGAAUUCCCCGGUUUGCUCAUUUAGCUACCAACAGAAUCGAGGUUUCUACACUUUGAUGGUACUUCUUCAAUACAUUAGCUACCUUAGGCAGAAUAGCAUCUCUUGUAUUAAUGAACUUAUGAAUUGUUAUGUUCGAUCUUGCCCACUAUACUUAAAUAUUCAUAAUUUUUUUCAACGUUGAAUCACGUCUAGGCAAUGACUAAUCGCUUUAGACACCAGGCAAAAUUUCAUCGUUUUAUUUUCGCCUAGCACCUUCUUGAACACUUAUAACUUGUAAGUGUGAUAUUGUAUGAAUUUUUUUAGUGAGUAGAGCAUUUUAAGGGAAAAAAUCACGAUAAAGAGAAUCCGUUUAUACUUUAUAGUAUACAAGUAAAGCAUCUUGAAAAGAAAUCUGAAAAUUUAUUGCAAGUCUGGUAUUGCCUAAUUACUCUCUUCUUCCUUUUACUUCCUCGACUUUCUACAGAGGAAGGUUAUCAAAAUGGGAAAAGGCAGGGAAAAGACUAAGGAGUAAGCCUUACCUUACGCCAUUUGCAUGAAGGUUGAAACGUGGCGGUGGCAGGGGGGAACUCAAUCGAGUCGAAGCGGCAAAGCUCCCACGCGGCAUUCAAAGGAGCCAAAAAUGGCAGAGACCAGCAGCAGUUGGCCCCUUGGAAUGCUCAACAAAAAAGAAAUACACACAACAGAACAGAACAACGCCCACGCUGCCAAUGCCAUCUCCAUAAUCCUUAUCUCUUAUCCUCCAGAACCCAGUCCUGCGCAUUCAGCCGAGCACCCGCCAGUGCUAACCUGUCUCGCUCCUCUUCCCAACGCGUGUCAUUUCCCCCCUAAAAACCCUAAACCCUUUUUUCCAUCUUCUCGCUUCAUUUUGAAAUCCCAUUCGAGUAUAUAGAGAGACAAGAGAAACAGAGGCUUGAACAUUGGGUUGUGUUCAUGUUUAUGCACUUGUGCUUGGUGGGUCUCGUUGUUUUCCUUCUGCGUUGCUGCGGUGUUGAUUUCCCCGUCUAGUAUUCCGGCAAGCGGAAGAUUUGGGCAUGGAGGAGGUGGAUCAGCAGUACCCUGACAUUUACGGAUCCGGGUUGGGUUCGGAGUCCGAAACCCAGUACUCGGGGAAAGCCGGUUGGGUCAUGAACCAAGGAUUAACACUGGGGAAGAAGAUUCUGGUCACUGGAUUGGUGGUCACUUCAGCCCCAGUGGUUAUCCCUUCAAUUCUGGUCAUUUCUGCUCUUGGGUUCGCUUGUUCUCUGCCUUCCAGCGUUUUCUUAGCAACCUAUCUCUUCACUGAGUCUCUCAUGACCAGAUUGCUCCCUCUCCAAACCAAUCAUCAUGUUCCUCCUGAAGAACAACUUGAAGGAAUCGAGGAUUCCCAUGACCUGGACAAGUACAGGAAGACAUCAGGGGAGGGCAUGAGACGGCGGACCCUUGAGCCGAUUGAGGACGAAGACGACGAAAUUGUGGAGGAAAAUCAAAAUGGAUAUAGAGAUGGUGAGGAUAUGAAGGGACAAAGAGAUGAUGAGACAGUAAACAUGGCUGUUGAGAUGCAUGCUGUUAGUGGUAUUGUGGUUAUAGAGGGGGAAGGCGAUGUUACGACUCCUGUUGCUGCUGGUGCAGUCCCAAUUGAGGUAAGGACUGUGGUUGUGGAGGUUUCGGAGGGAAGUGAUGAUGUUGAUGAGAAUGAGGAGCUUACAAAAGGGACAACGGGGUUGUUGGAGAGCAUUAGGGAUGAAGGUGUUUCUGAGUCUCCAGCUGAAGUGAAUGAGAAAACGACUGAGGCACAUGUAGCUGCUGCAUCUGCAGAACCUGAGAAGCAGCAGCAGGAUAGUGCUGCUGCUGCCUCCUCCACUGCUUCUUCGGUUCCGCAGGCCGCCCCUGAGCCCAAUGCCGGAGGAAAUGCCAACCAGAAUGGUUCCACUGAGUCUUCCAGAAGGGCUAAAAGGAAGCAACCGAAAACUGCCAAGAAACAACCCCCAAGAAGCUAGCUCAAUUGAGGAUGUAAUUCAAGAUAAGAUAGAGAGAAUGCCAUUAAGAAGGGAACCACAUUGCCUAGAUCCUGAUACAAAGUUCUUAUUGCACCAUCUGGGCUUGGGGGAGAAGGGUGUUGAAUUACUGGAGAGAAUGUUUUAGUUUUUUGGUAGUGUUGUGUAAUAAUCGAAUUGCUAUACCUCGAAUUUCAUGAGAUGUGUCGGUCUUUUCCCCGGGAUGUUUAGGUUAGAUGAAUGGAUCAGAGCUUAAUGGAUGUCUAUGUUCUGUUUACUUGCCAUACACAUUUCACCUGAAUAGAGCAUUGCGAGGGAGGGAACCUACCUUGCUUGACAAGUAAAAGAAAGUGCUUUCCCGUUCGUUGAUGGUCAUUGUGCGAAUGCAGGUUUGGAACAACGAGAAGAUAUGGGAACAGAUCAACGCGCUGCGUGUUAUCGUGGGAUAUACAGCUUCCAGGCAACCAACGUUAAUGGAAGAGCUCAAGGCCCUGUAUGUUUUCACUGGAGUCGAGCCGCCUAUCGCAUCAUUCAACGACCCUUGUGACCUAGAGGAAGUGAACGGGAGGCUCAGGAGUCUCAAGCUGAUAGUCGGAGUAAAGUGAGAAGAGGCAG